AUGUGGAAAUUUCUGACAAUUAUUUUAUUUAUGCAAAUUGCUUUUAGCUCUGUUUCAACAAGUGACAUAAUGUAUGCUAAAGAUCCGAUCUUCACGAUGCACUUAUCACCACCAAUUCAAUGGACUUAUCAUGGUGAAGAAGCGCAUGAUAAUCCUAUGACAGAAUUAAAGGGCAUUGAAGAUAUUACUAAAGAUAUAAAAAUUGAAACAUAA